AUUUCUUCAUCGGCGUCGACAACGCCGAGCUACUUCGUCAUCUUCGGCGUUGACGACAUCUACAACCUCUUCUUCUUCGGCGUUGGCUACAUCGACAACCUCUUCUUCUUGAUUCUUCGGCUUUGGCUACAUCGGCAACCUCGAGGCAACAUGUCUGAUACCAAGGAUUCCUCGUCUAUUCCUGCCUGGGAUGGAUCUGCCCGCACGUGGAGGCGUUACACUCGUGCAGUCUCAUGGUUCAUGCAAUCGACGCCAGUACAUAAACGUCGUUAUGUGGCGUCGAAGCUUUUGUCUCGCCUUUCGGGACCAGCGAGACUGUUGGCUAUGAGCUGGAGCAAGGUUGGAUUCGACAGCGCUGAUGGGGUGAAGAUCUUCUUGCAGCGUUUGGCUGCCAGCCCACUUGUUCGUCGUUCUCUUCCUAACGCAGCAGCUAUAUGCCAACAGUACUUCGGCUUCAAGAGACUACAAGGCGAAUCCAUACAGACUUUCCUGAUGAGAGAAACCCUGAUGCAUGAGGAGUUCGUGGAGGCGAUCAUCAGGCUCCACGAGGACAAGCUUGGCGUAAGUCAAGAAAGGCGGGAUUUCGGCUUGCCCACCUCUCAGGAUUAUGAUGACUACAAGUGGGAAAUGGACUACGGCUGGUCCAGCUGGUGGGACAAUGGAGAUUGGAACGAGGGGGAGUACGAGGAGACCGAGCGAGAUGAUGAUGCCCGUGCCGUUGAUCCUCCGGAAGAAGGAGCUGAACGUGAAGAUCCUAAGGUGCCGGCGGCUCCAGGCUCUUCUCCGAGCCACCAUCGUGAAGGUGGCAGCGUGACUGAGGAAGCGCCCGUGACCACAGACGAUAAGAAGGCCACCAAGCCAACACCCUUGGAUGAGCUGUCGCUGGCGGACAGUUUCAUUCUAGAUGUACUUCGGGGUUGGCGCUUGCUUCAGGCGGCAGGGCUAUCUCAUGAAGAGAAGCGGGACAUCCUCAGCACCACCAAGAACAGCCUGGACUACACCGUCAUUUCAUCGGCCCUCCAAGGGCUCUGGGAUGACCAACUUCUUGGCCGUCAUGGUGGACAUCAUGGAAACUGCAAUGUCCACUACCUCCAGGACCAGGAUGCCAACGAGGCCUACGACCAGCAUGGUUGGUGGGAUGACCAGGACGAUGAUGACGUGGAUGGCUGGUGGGACGACCUCUACUACACGGACGCCGGCUACGACGAGUACCCCCACGAGGCCUACGCGGUGGCGACGGCUCAGGAGCCAGAGGAUCCCGGUGCCAAGGUCCGCCUGAAUGAGGCUCAGAAGACGGAGCAAGCCCAGAGGGCCACCCAGGCCCUCCGCAAGGACCGUGGAUUUGGCGCCGUUAUGCAAGGCAAGGGCGCAUGGAUGAAGGGCAAGGGCAAGAGCAAGGGCAAGGGCAAAGGAAAAGACAUGUCCCGUGCUGUGAAUGCCUAUGCCUCCAACAUGUUUGUCGGUGGCCUGGAGCUGAGUGAUAGCUACGAGCUACAGUCAUCUUCUAUGAGUGCCAGCAAUGCCCAGACCGGUAUGCUCGACUGCGGGGCAACGGCCUCCGCUGCUCCUGAAGCAGUCGUACAGGGGCUCAUAGGUCAGCUGAAAACAUUCUCGUUGUACACCCUACCCAAUCCGGCGGAGUUCUACCAGUCCAACUUUGACAAACAAACGCUUGUACCCGUGUUGAUUGGCAUGGAUUUCCUGGGCAACCAAGGGACGGGGCUACUGGUUGACUUUGGGUUGCUGUACACACCCAGGAAAGGGAGUCCAGCUUCGAGCACCGAGACGGUGAAUGCCCCGAUGCUGCAGGUGAUGUUGAACGAGCUGGAGGCGGCGCUGGGAACGGUUCGGCCAACAGCCAAGAUAUGCCACUAUGCUAUGGAGAAGGUGAAGGCCGACCAUGUGUUGCGCAAGGCGAUCGGCGACCUCAUGGGCAACCACAGCGAUAUCCGACCUCACCGGCGACCUCAAUGGCAACCUGUGGUGGACGACGAGGAGCUGAUUGCAGCCAUGGAAGCAGGCCAGGAUCAGCAGUGA